AAAAACACCGCAGUCUGUCAAAAAACACUAGCUGUUAUUGGGGAGGAUUGUUCCAUCAUGUUGUUUGUUUUGCAAUCAAUGAGGACCGGAGAUGCUGUGAUGUCUUUGUUGUGUCUGUCCUUCUGAUGAGAAAAAAGCAAGAAGCUGCAGACCUCCAUGUGCAGAUGUAGUUGUUUUUAUAAUGAUAUUUUCAACCUUUUUUACGAGUGACGCCGACGACGGUAGGACUUCUUUUACCUUUUCACUAACUUUUCCAAUGGAAGGUAGAGGCAGGCACAAUGUGUGUCACAUUUGUAACAGAUCGUUCACACGCAACAGUAGUCUGAAACUUCAUCAGCGGGUCCACGCCAACGAGAAGCCGUAUAGUUGCACCAUGUGUUAUAAGAGAUUCUCAUUCAGUUGUGGUUUAAAGAGGCAUAUACGAACACACACUCUGGAGAAACCCUAUAGUUGUGAGACCUGCGGGAAGUCUUUCUCACAGAAUGGUAAUCUGAAACAGCAUCGCGCCGUCCAUAGCGAUGAAAAAACAUUGGUUUGCUACGUUUGCAGUAAGAGCUUCUCGGACAAAUCAGGCCUUGCCAAGCAUCUGAAGAUCCACACCGAGGAGAAAUUGUUCAUGUGUGAUUUGUGUGGUGAAUCCUUCCGUAACCAAACCAGGCUUAGACAACACCAUCGGAACCACUUUGGGGGUAAACCUAUGAUCUGCGAUAUUUGCGGCAAGGCCUUUUCACGCAGGAGCAGUUUAGUCAUGCAUGUUAGAGUUCACACCAAAGAGAGACCAUUUAUUUGUGAUUUGUGUGGGAAAUGUUUCACGCAACUGAGCAAUCUUAGACAACAUUGUGUAGUCCACACAAACGAGAAACCAUUUGUUUGUGACGUUUGCGGUAAAGCAUUCACCAUCAAUAGUACUCUUACAAGGCAUCGUAGGGUACACACCAAGGAAAAACCAUUCCAUUGCAAUAGUUGCAGUAAAACCUUCGCUGAGACUAGCAGUUUAAAAAAACAUAUCAAGGUCCACACCAAUGAAAAACCUUUCAUUUGUGAAAUGUGCGGCAGAAGCUUUGUACAACUGGGCAAUCUAAAACAGCAUCAAACUGUUCACACAAAGAUAAAGCCAUUUGUUUGUGAGGUUUGUGGCACGGCGUUCACCCGUGCGACAAGUUUGAAAGAUCACCACAAGUUCCACACAGAUGAUGAACGCUUCAAUUGCAAGGAAUGUGGGAAAUCUUUUAAAAAGAAAGUCAGUCUAAAAAAACACUACACUUUACACAAUGAAUAUUCUGUUGGUUUGUACUCCUGUGGGAAAUCCUCAAGAUAAUCAUCCAAUUCAAGCUAAGUUCACACCUCAUACAAACUGGGAAAGUGAAGCAAAUUUUCCCUACUCAUGAGACUUGAAAAGCCAGUUAAUUGCUUCGUGAAAAUUUGCUAUCCUUUUGCAUUAAUUAUCAUAUUUCAAUUAUAUUUUGGGUCAGCUCAGACCCCCUGGUCUAGGAAAGAAUCUAAUUUCUGGCUCUACUCAGUGAGCUGUGUGCUCUUCAAUUAAGGCUCUGUAAGUGUUGAAUGCACUGUAAGCAGAGCCAUGAAAUUUCACCUUGUUCAGGCUGUUCAGUGAAUGAUUUCCUUUGUUAAGCCUCGUUACUACUUCCUGCGAAAACGCAAAGUGAAUGUGACGUCACAACUCCAUUUCGCGAAUAAUUUGUUGCAAAUAAUUAUGUUACGUCAAAAUUCGUAUCGCAUUUGCAAAAAUGCAAAAAACAGAAUGUAUU